AUGACAGCAUUACGAGAGAUAACCAUUGGCGAUAAAGCGCCAUUCAAUUCAAUCCACGCAAAGUGUGUCGAGUUGGAUAUCGAUACGGAGUACGUUGAAAUCCACGCAUACAGCUGGUGCCUUCGAUUUAAGCAAAAAGGACGUGAAAUAGCCUCAGUGACUGUAGGACUGGUAGAUGACGAGAAAAUGAGAACAAUUGAUUACAGAGACGAGCUUAUUUGGCGUAGUUUACAUGUACACUUAGAUGAGUACAGAAUUGUUCAAUUUUCUCCAAUAGAAAUGCGUAGAGAGAAAGGACCAAGAAUUUCGCUUCUAGGCAACAAAUUCAGAAGUUCAGACACACCCAGUCUUGUAGCUGCUGAGGUUGUUGACGGUGCACAAUCGGGCUUGUUCCGCCAAUCACAGCUACCCAAAAUACGCAUUUACGACGAGAGCCAGAAAGUCUGGGAUAAGGUGAUUGAUCCCAUCGCCAAAGAGCACAAAUUGUCGCACAUCAACAGAAAAGCUGUUAAUGACUUUGUACCAGCUAUUGGAUGUUGA